UCGACGACGUCUCCAGCAUGGUGGUCUAAAAAAUCAUUAGCUAAUCUUCGUCUCAGCAUUCAGAAAUCAAGUGGGAAAAUGUCCGCGAGAACGGAGGAACUUUCUGGAGUGAAAGAGGCGCCCCCACGUCACCGACACUCGACUGCGUGCCAACUAAUGCACGCUAUGGUUGUUCUUCACAGACUAGAAGAUCUAUAUGCCAGCCAAGUCUAUUAUCCUGAGCACCCGGAGUCUGCAUGCAUCAAGGUCGAGGAGGAAGAGUCGCCAUCCAUUAAGGAAGAAGAAGAGUUCAUACACAUUAAAGGUUUCAGAAGAUAUCUUGUUGCUGAGCGGCAGGAGCCAGAAUCUCCUGGCGUUAAAGAAGAUGUUGAGCUCCCCCAAAUCAAAGAGGAAGAGGAGCCAGAGCCCUGUCAACAGAAGCAACUUCCAAUCAAAAAGGAGGAGGAAGAGCUGCCAUGCGUUAAAAAGGAGGAAGAGGAGGAUCAUAUCACUAGGUCAAACGGUGAGCCCUUGAAGAGUGAAGAUGGUCCGAGUGAGGCCAGCAGAGGGGCGGAGCCUCCAAACGGCUGCAGAAGCAGCAGCUCAACAGAAGGAUUGCAGGCAGGCAUUUUCAUUGCUCCAUCAGACAGAAGUGGCACCACAUCACACUCACCUUACAAUGAUGAUGGUCAUAAGAAAUCUCCCAGUGACGACAAACUCAGCUUUCAGUGUGGGAACAGCUUUACUACCAAGCAAACUUUUCAUGCGCAUAUGAGGAUCCAUACUGGUGAAAAACCUUUUUCAUGCUCAGUUUGUGGUCAAAGAUUUUCUCAAAAGCAACCCUUAAAACAACACACAAGAAUCCACACUGGCGAAAAAUCUUUUUCCUGCUCCGUUUGUGGUCAAAGAUUUUCUCAAAAGCAAAUCUUAAAACAACACACAACAACCCACACUGGCGAAAAACCUUUUUCCUGCUCAGUUUGUGAUCAAAGAUUCACUCUAAAGCAUUCUUUGAAAGUACACAUAAGAACCCACACUGGCGAAAAACCUUUUUCCUGCUCAGUUUGUGGUCAAGGAUUCUCUCUGAAGCGAUACUUGAAACACCACACAAGAACCCACACUGGUGAAAAACCUUUUUCCUGCUCAGUUUGUGAUCAAAGAUUCACUCAAAAGCAUUCUUUGAAAGUACACAUAAGAACCCACACUGGCGAAAAACCUUUUUCCUGCUCAGUUUGUGGUCAAGGAUUCUCUCGGAAGCAAUACUUGAAACACCACACAAGAACCCACACUGGUGAAAAACCUUUUUCCUGCUCAGUUUGUGGUCAAAGAUUCACUCAAAAGCAACAUCUGAAAGUACACAUAAGAACCCACACUGGUGAAAAACCUUUUUCCUGCUCAGUUUGUGAUCAAAGAUUCAGUCACAAGAGCACCUUAAAAGAACACACAAGAACCCACACUGGCGAAAAAAGUUUUUCCUGCUCAGUUUGUGGUCAAAGAUUCGCUCAAAAGCAAUGCUUGAAAGACCACAUAAGAACCCACACUGGCGAAAAACCUUUUUCCUGCUCAGUUUGUGAUCAAAGAUUCACUCAAAAGCAACAUCUGAAAGUACACAUAAGAACCCACACUGGCGAAAAACCUUUUUCCUGCUCAGUUUGUGGUCAAAGAUUCUCUCGGAAGCAUUACUUUGAAGUACACAUAAGAACCCACACUGGUGAAAAACCUUUUUCCUGCUCAGUUUGUGAUCAAAGGUUUGCUCGAAAGGGAACUCUAACAGAACACACAAGAACCCACACUGGCGAAAAACCUUUUUCCUGCUCAGUUUGUGAUCAAAGAUUCACUCAAAAGCAAAAUCUGAAAGUACACAUAAGAACCCACACUGGCGAAAAACCUUUUUCCUGCUCAGUUUGUGGUCAAAGAUACUCUCAGAAGCAAUACUUGAAAGUACACAUAAGAACCCACACUGGCGAAAAACCUUUUUCCUGCUCAGUUUGUGGUCAAAGAUUCGCUUGGAAGGAUCGGAUGAAGAGACACGUGUGUGUUGGUGUGAGAAGCAGUGGCCAAUGACUGUUUUGCCUGUCAUCCAUUCUGGCUUCAUCUUAUUUUGCACGCAGGUUAGGGUUGGGGGUUACGUUCGUAUUCGUGGUACACUUUAUUUUUGUGAUUGCAUUUUUGUUUGGACUUUGCCAUUUUGUGUUUUAUCUUUUCUGGCCAUCAACAUCUUUCCCUUGGUUCUCUCGCCGACUGGCAUUAUUUAUAUCAUAAUCUCCCUUUCAAACUACACUUUCACAUUCAAUAUUUGUAACCGCAGACCCCAAAUUCCAAAAAUUCAAAAAUAUUGUCAUUAAGUAAAUAUGGAAAUUUAGAAUAUAUUGUUCAUUAUUGCAAAAAAAAAAAAAUACUGGCUCACAAAUGAGUUUUUUGUGUGGAGAUAAAUGUAAUUAUUAUUAUUUUUUUUUAAUUACUAUUACAACUUGUGAUUGGCAGAGUAUGAGGGCCAAAUAAAGAAAAAUGAAGAAGAAAA